AUGCUAGCGAUUGUGCUCCCCAAGGAGUUCCGUGAAGCUACCAUGUGUAAAGGGUUCGGCUCCACUCUAAUUGGACCCGCCUUGCAAUGGUACAUAAAUCUCCCUACCAGGUCCAUCUCUUCCUUUGCCGGCCUGAGCGACAAGUUCGUAGAACAAUUCGCGAGUAGCAGGAGCCUAGAGAAGACUUCAGACGGUCUCUACGAGAUCCUCCAGCAUCGAGCAGAACCCCUGCAGGACUACAUAGCCCGUUUCAAUCAAGAGAAGGUAGCGGUCCUUGAAUGCAGUAUCCCUACCGCAAUCUAUGCCUUCAAGAGAGGCCUACUUCCAGACAGAGGGCUCUACAAAGAGCUAACCAUGUACCCUUGCAAAACCAUGGAGGAUGUGCUAUAUCCCGAGCGUGGGCACAGGUUAAGUGGGAAGAGUACAUCGCUAGCCGUACCAAGGAUCAACACAAACAGGAUCAGAGGUCCACCCGAUCAGACCGGGGAGACCGAGAAGAAAGAUCCUCCUAAAAGGGAUCCAAGGACUCCGAAAGCAGGAACCUGGGCAGAGAAAGCCAAGACUCAUCUUAGCAAAGAAGCAUCGGGGAAAUCCAAAGGAGACGCACCAAGCUCACCACCUCGCCAGGACCGGGUGAUUCAUGUCAUCUCAGGAGGCUCUGAAGUAAGUGGCGUGAGUCAUGCAGCUGCAAAGAAGAGCACCCGUAAUGCCAAACACGGCCUGGAGACUGCUCAACCUAAACGCCUACUUCUAGGUACCGACGAGAUAAGCUUCACAGCCAAGGAGGAAGAGAAGAUAUUAGCUCCCCACCAUGACGCUCUAGUUGUCUCUCUCACCAUAGCGAACUGUUUGGUGAAAAGAAUACUAGUAGACAACGGGUCCUCCAGCAAUAUCAUCUUCCUGACGGCGUACCAAGACCUAGGGUUAGAGGAGAAUACCCUGACGCGCAAGGUAACCCCACUCAUCAGGUUCAGCGGCGAGGUCAAGCAAACCGCUGGGGAGGUUGUUCUGGCAGUAUAUGCUGAGGGGAUCAACCUAUCUACCAAAUUCCUGGUCGUGGACUGCCAAUCAGCAUACAACAUGAUCUUAGGACGACCAUGGAUUCACGACAUGGGAGCAGUCCCCUCAACCCUCCAUCAAAUAGUGAAGUUCCCUACACUCUGGGGCAUCAGAGCAAUCCGAGGAGACCAGGAGAAUUCUAGGUCAUGCUACCAGACCACCUUAAAGGGGAAGACCAAGGUCUUAUAG